GAUAGGUAGUUGAUAACAGACUCGCUGGCUGAUUGAGCUGGCCCACCUUGCUUGUAUAUAAGAGGAGAAGCUCAUGAGAGGGGCAAGCAGGCAAGCGACUCCUCUCUUCCUCCUGUGUGCUCCCGGGACUUUGUCAACUUUUCCUUAUGGCUGCUCUCUUGGCUGUAGCUCUUUUUGCGUCUCCUUUACUGGCAUUCGACCUGGGCCAGUCCACUCGGUGCGUUGCCAUCCCCAACCAGAUGAAAGUCUGCAAAGACGUUGGGUACUCUGAGAUGAGGCUGCCAAACUUUUUAGGACACAGCAACCUUGAAGGAGAGGUGGUGCCACGCUCUGAGGACUGGAGGCCCCUGCUGCAGACCGGCUGCCAUCCUCAAGCCCAAGCCUUCCUCUGCUCUAUCAUUGCACCCGUCUGUCUCGACACCUUCAUCCAGCCUUGUCGUAGUCUGUGUGUGGCAGUGAGGGACAGCUGUGCCCCUGUGCUGGCCUGCCAGGGACACCCAUGGCCCGAGGCUCUCAACUGUGACCGCUUUCCUGCUGAGGAAGACAUGUGUCUAACCCCCCUUGCAAAAUUUAGCCACUUUACGAAAGACUUGCCAAAAGCUGUUUGCCAGAACUGUCCUUCUGUGGAAGUGGCUCCUGCAUUGAAAACAGUAAUGAGCGCUUUUUGUCGCCAUGACUUUGCCGUCACCGCUAAACUCCACCGCCUCCGCCACCCCACGGGGGAGCCGGAGUUCCAGGUCGAGGGCCGCGUGGAGUUUAUCCGUCAGGGCCCUCUGUUGCCUUAUGACACUCAGCAUCUCCUCCGGGAUUGGCUCCUCAUCAACCUGAGCUGCGCCAGCGCCCUGGUUCGUCCGGGCCGCUCGCAGCUCUACGUGCUGACCGGUUCCGUGCAGCCCGACGGCAACGUCGCUCUCGUUCGUCUCUUCCCGUGGCACAAAAGAGAUGCAGGCAUCGCACUGGCCACUCGCAAAUGGAAACAUCACAGAUGUUGAGGUACAUGGAAAAUCGGGAGCUGAAGAUCAACUUGGAAACGUGUGACCUCUUCAGGACAGGUGGAGAAAGUCGUGAGACUUUACUGCUGGAUCCAGGUCAAAUUACUAUAUUACUUUGUUACAUUUCAGCUUUUUCUGUCAGUACGCUGUAAUAUUAUGCACUAAGAUCUGUAAAUAGUAUUAAGUGUAAAUUCAUAUAUUUUAUUUUCUUGGAGGAUAUUGAUGUAUUUAUCACAUUUUUGUGUUUUGUGCAAACAUGGCAAAUAAAAUAUUUAAUAUCU